AUGGCAUAUCUGGGAAAAGGCAGAUGGACUCAUAUGUUCCCUUUUCUCAUAGCAUCACUUGUGUAUUCUGCUAAUGCUGAAUAUUCUAAUUGUGGUGAAAAUGAAUAUUACAAUCAGACAACUGGAAUGUGCCAAGAGUGUCCACAGUGUGAGCCAGGAGAAGAACCUUAUAUGACAUGUGGGUAUGGCACUAGAGAUGAAGACUAUGGCUGCAUCCCAUGCCCAUCCGAAAAAUUUUCUAAAGGUGGAUAUCAUAUUUGCCGGAGACACAAAGAUUGUGAAGGGUUCUUUCGGGCGACAGUGAUGACACCUGGAGAUAAAGAAAAUGAUGCAGAAUGUGGGCCUUGCCUCCCUGGCUAUUAUAUGUUAGAAAACAGGCCUCGGAAUAUUUAUGGGAUGGUUUGUUACUCGUGUUCACUGGCACCUCCAAACACUAAAGAAUGCACAGGCGUUACUUCUGGUGUGUCAGCCAGUUUCCUGAGUACUUCAGGCACUAGUACUCAUUCUCCUUUUCAACAUGUGCACAAAGGAGAUCUUUCUGGACAAGGACAUCUGGCUACUGCUCUUAUCAUUGCCAUGUCCACUAUUUUCAUCAUGGCUAUUGCUAUUGUGCUGAUUAUCAUGUUUUACAUUAUGAAAACGAAAACUUCAGCUCAAGCAUGCUGUACCAGCCAGUCAGUGAAGACGGUAGAAUCCCAGGCCAACGUACAGGAAGAAAAAACAGAAGUCCAAGAAAAUGGAAAAAUUUUCUCUGAGAAAGAUGAAUUUGGAAAACUGACAGCAACUCCAGCUAAGGUUGUCAAGAGUGAAAACGAUGCUUCUUCAGAGAAUGAGAGGCUUUUAAGUCGCAGCAUGGACAGCGAUGAAGAAGCUGCUAUUGACAAGCAAGGGACUCCAGAAUUGUGUUUGUUGUCUCUGGUACAUUUGGCUCGAGAUAAAUCUUCAACAAACAACAAAUCAACUGGAAUACAAAGCCGGAGAAAAAAGAUACUCGACCUAUACACUAAUGUAUGCAGUGUGGCAGAAGGCCUCAGUCCCACAGAGCUGCCCUUUGAUUGUCUGGAAAAGACCAGCAGGAUGCUCAGCUCCACUUACAACACCGAGAAAGCCAUUGUGAAGACCUGGCGCCAUCUUGCUGAGAGCUUUGGAUUGAAGAGGGACGAAAUUGGUGGCAUGACAGAUGGCAUGCAAGUCUUUGACCGCAUCAGCACAGCUGGGUAUAGUAUCCCAGAACUGCUGACAAAACUGGUUCAGAUAGAGAGAUUGGAUGCCGUAGAGUCUCUGUGCGUAGACAUCUUAGAGUGGGCCCAAGAGAUGCCGAAGCCUGAUCCAGCUGUGACCUCCUGA